AUGGCACCCGCCGUACCCACUCCUCAAUGGGUCAAGGACCUCAAGCCUGCGGGCAUCCAGGGCACUGAGCUCUUGUCGCAAGAGCGAGCACAGUCCAAUGUCAAUGUCGAGGCUUUGACAGACUUCUUGUUCACCAAAGAGGCACUGGCCAGGAAGCACAAGAUCCUCAAGAUUCUGCAGCAGGAGAAGGUCUUUGACAAGUCACAAAACUACUUUGCUGGCCGUGUUGAUCGUUUCGAGACGGCCUUGGCCAGGGCCAAGAGACUUCGACAGCUGCAGGUCAAGCACAACUGGACCGACCAGGACAAGACCACCGCCAACGAGCUCAUCAGUGAGCCUGGCCCGUACGGUCUGCACGAGAGCAUGUUUUUGAUCACCCUCCGUGACCAAGGCACUCCCGAGCAACACGAGAAGUUCCUCAAGCCAGCAAGAAACUACGAAUACAUCGGUUGUUACGCCCAGACAGAGCUCGGUCACGGCUCAAACGUACGAGGACUCGAGACAACGGCAACAUGGAAUCAAGAGGACAAGACCUUCAUCAUUCAUUCGCCCACCCUCACUGCAAGCAAGUGGUGGAUCGGCUCGCUCGGCCGCACUGCUAACCACGCCGUCGUCAUGGCUCAGUUGUACAUCAACAACAAGUCCUACGGCCCCCACCCCUUCGUCGUCCAGAUCCGUGAUCUCAAGACACACCAGCCACUCAAGGACAUUCACAUUGGUGACAUUGGUCCCAAGUUUGGUUACAACACAAUGGACAACGGUUUCUUGCUCUUCAACAAGGUCAAGGUCCCACACAUCAGCAUGCUUGGCCGCUUCUCCAGCGUUGACCCCAACACUGGCAAGUACCUGCGUCCUGCUUCUCCUUCGCUCAUCUACGGAACCCUCACCUGGGUUCGUAGCACCAUUGUCUUGCAGUCUGGCAGCGUCCUGGCUCGUGGUGUCACCAUUGCCACCCGCUACGCUGCUGUCCGUCGCCAGUUCCAGGACCGUGAUGCUCAAGAUCCCAAGUCGGACGAGAACCAGGUUCUCAACUACACAACUGUUCAGAUCAGACUUUUGACUCUGCUGGCUACUUGCUACGCUCUGCACUUCACUGGCCGUGGUAUGAUGCAGCUCUACGAGGCCAACCAGAAGAAGAUGAGCCAAGGUGCAGGCUCGUCCGAGGGCAAGCGUGGUGCUGGUCCCGAGGAGACUACUCCUGGCAGCGAUCUGCUCGCCGACCUUCACGCCACUUCUUGCGGUCUCAAGUCGCUGGCUUCAUCCACUGCUGUUGAUGGUCUCGAGGUGUGUCGUCGUGCUUGCGGUGGCCACGGUUACAGCAACUUCUCAGGUAUCGGUCCCUGGUAUGCCGACUACCUGCCCACUGCCACCUGGGAGGGUGACAACUACAUGUUGACCCAACAAGUCGCCCGCUACCUUCUCAAGUCCGCCCGCAGCGUGCUCAAGGGCAACGAGCCCACAAACGACACCACUGCCAUUCUCGCCAACUUCCUCAAGAAGUCCGACACCGGUGCCGCCUUCAACAUUAUGGACAAGGACGAAGACCUUGUUGCAGCCUUCGCCUGGAGAUCUGCCUUCCUCACUUUCGAGGCUCUCAAGCACAGAGACGAGAACAAGAAGGCAUGGAACGACUUGCUCGUUGACUUCUACCGUCUCUCACGCGCACACUCGCAAUACAUGGUUGUCAAGAACUUCUACGAAGCCCUCAACUCAUCAUCCAUCAACUCCGAGCUUGACCCUCCCACCAUCGAGCUCAUGCACAAGUUGUUCCGUCUCUACGCCCUGCACACCCUCGAGUCCGAGGCUUCUGAAUUCUACACUUCUGCCGCCGUCACCGUUCGUCAAAUCCAACUCGCCCGCACAAACGCAGUCAUGAAGCUUUUGGCAGAGAUCAGACCUCAUGCCGUGCGUUUGGUCGAUGCUUGGGACUUCCCUGACUGGCAGAUGGAUUCGUCAUUGGGUCGUUACGAUGGUAAGGUGUAUGAGGACAUGUUCUACCGCGCUAGCGAGUUGAAUCCUCUCAACGCCAUCACCGUGGAUCCUUACCCCAACAGUGAGGUUCUGUUCAAGGCAAAUGACAGCAGCAAGUUCAAGAGCAAGCUGUAA